AUGGCCUUUUCUAUCCGUACCGCUAUCUCGAUUGCUCUCGCCGCGUCCCUGACCGUGGCUUCUCCGCUUGCCCAGAACUCGCCGUCUCAGCGAGCGAAGCGGUCUGACGAGGAUAUUAUUUCCAAGUGGGAUCUCAGUAACAUCACGCUCGCAGCCAUUCGCUCCCCGCCGGUGAAUUGGCCCUUGCCGAUUCUAAGUAAGAACUGGGAUGGAGUCAAAUUCGACAUCAACGCUACUGUCGAUCUUGGUCUUCAGUAUAUGAAACAAGCAGCUGAACAUGGUGCAAAUCUUGUUGCCUUUCCCGAAGUAUGGUUUCAUGGAUAUCCCAAGGGAGUUAUCAACGAGGAUCACCCCAAUUCGUGGCUCCAGAAGCAUGCGUCGGACUAUAUCGACAACUCGAUUGUUGCCGGUGAUGUCAACUGGAACAAACUCGUCCAAGGAGCGAUUGAUAACGAGAUUUACCUUGCGCUUUCACUCUCCGAAAAGGAUACCAUCCACCUCUUCAUGACACAGCUACUUAUCUCUCCAAGCGGAAAGAUCUUGAUUCAUAGGCACAAGAUUCGACCAGGAGGCCGCGAACGAGAACUGUGGACUGAUGGCAAACUCGACGAUCUCAAAGUUGUAACUACUCCUAUUGGACGUAUCGGGAUGCUUUCCUGCGCUGAACACACAUACCCGGAGGCCAACUUCAUCAUGCAAGCACAGACAGAAGAUAUACACAUUGGUGCCUGGCCUUUGACCCCACCGUUUGGCAACAAGACCCUAGAUUAUGAGGCUACCGAAGUCAUCGUUUCUCUCGCUCAUUCCUACGCCAAUAUCGGCAAUACAGCAUUUGUUUUGACCAGUGUUGGAUCUUCCACCAUCUACCCCGGCGGAGCCAACCCACGUUGGACCCGAAACAACGACGACGACUCGUACACAGAUGUCCCUAUUGUCUAUAGAUCCGUCAACUCCACCGCAUUCCCCAGAAUUACAUAUAAUGCGGACAACGGGGUUUCAUGGGCAAGCUUCCAGAACAUCAACCUUGGAUUCCCAACGUACAUUCCUCAGGACAUGGGGACUAAUGUUCCUUGGCAUCAAGUGACUAUUCAGCAGCUCACAGAUAUGUCAACUGUUUAG